AAAAUUAUAUAUUGUGCCUUUAACAGGAUGUGGUUUGUAGUGACCUUAAAAUGUGGCACUCAGUUUCAGAAAGAAAAAUUAAACCAGCAGCCCUUAAUAAAUUGACAUGUGGGCAAUAAAACAUGCACUCAGCACAGCAUGUUUGUGCUUACAAAAGUACACCAAAAAAUGUAUGACCUAUUUAUUAGGACCACAAGAAUGUUUGAUUUUGAUGAGCUUACUGUUUUGUGUCUUCUCAGGAUGUGGAACGACACAGAUCUUCUAAGAAAUUAUACCUUUUCUUGUGCGUCCCCGUCUGUGGAGGGUUACCGUUACUUUGGCGUCCUCUUGGGAUCGACUGUGACCUUGGUAGGAACCAUAGGGAAUAUUCUGACCGUCCUCGCCUUUGCUACUGAUGCCAGCCUGAGGACACGUUUCAAUGUUCUCAUAGUAAACCUUGCCCUCGCUGACCUUCUUUACUGCAUGAUCCUCCAACCGGUCAGUGUUGAUUCAUACCUGCACCUGCACUGGAGAGGUGGAGCCACGUGGUGCCGUAUGUUUGGAUUCCUCCUGUUCCUGUCCAACAGCGUGUCCAUUAUUACAUUAUGCCUCAUCGCUUUGAGCCGUUAUUUGGUUGUUGCGCAUCGCACUUCUCGCUGUGCCCGUCUGCUCCUGUCCCACCGUGGAGUGGCGGUGCUCCUGAUCUCAUCCUGGCUACUGGGUGUAGCCAGUUUCGCCCCACUUUGGCCCGUCUACGUGUUUGCCCCACAAGUGUGCACCUGCAGUUUUCACCGGACUAAAGGGCGGCCUUACACCACCGUGCUGCUCUUCCUGUACUUCUUCUUGGGCCUGGGUUGUGUGGGCCUUUUCUACUUUCUGAUCUACCGUAAGGUGCGUGUAGCCUCUAAGGCUUUUUUGAAGUACAGGCCCAGUCGUCGCUCAUCAGAACGCAAGAGGGCUAAAGCCGAAACAACGACGGAUGACAGCGGGAUCAGUGCUGGAGCUUCAACAACUCAAAGCUGUGAGAUCAGUCAUGAUGAGGCAGGAGCGGAGCAGAAUAAGAACAAAGCACUGGAGAAAUCUGAGGGCCACACAAGCACAAAAGAACCAAAAAACUCCAUUCAAGAUGCCUCAAAAGACACAGAAACAUCUUCUAAACCAACUCCGGUAACAAUUCAGACCACUCCAGCUGCCAACUCAGGAGAGGACAGUGAAUUUAAGCGUGUAACUCGAAUGUGCUUUACAGUUUUCUUGUGUUUUGUUGGCUGUUUUGCGCCAUUUCUGCUGCUGAAUGUCGCUGAUAAGGCGAACCGUGCGCCACAGGUCAUUCAUAUGUUUUGUGCAAACCUCACUUGGUUAAAUAGUUGCAUUAACCCUUUGUUGUACGCAGCCAUGAACCGGCAGUUUAACCAGGCCUACAAAGACCUACUAGGCAAAGCUGUACGUCCAUUAACCUGGAUAUGGAGAACCCGUCGGUUCACAAUAAGAUAAGCGAUAAUGAAGAAUGUAAUCCGACUCAUUUCAAUCUGAAAGUGAUCUUGUGCUGUAUAUGUUCAGUGACUUCACAUAUUAUGCAUAAUUUAACAUGGAGCUGCACUCCAUUCAUUCAGUGGAGAACAUCACAGCAGGCACGUGCAGAGGGGGGUGCGAUGGGUGCUUGAGCACCUGCCCCUUUCCCCUUGAUGCCCAAAGU